CAUGCGCCGUCGGGUUGCGUCUAGCUGUUUUCAUCAGGGUUUCGAACCACCGGCGUUGCGCUUUAAGACGCGUGUCAAGUUAAAAAUAGUUGAGCUUAUAAAACGCUUUUUGAGCACCCCUCCGUUAACUGUUAUAUUUUGAGCUUUGUUCAAACGCAAGGCUUUAAGAAUCGACGCGCGCGCUUGCAGUGCUAUUUCGUUUAACAUAACGAGAGCGUUGCAGUUGGUCGCGUCGCGUCCGGUUUAGAUAGGUUGUAGGAUGAUCAGGCGCGGGGAGGGUUUGGCUGGCCGAUGCGCCAAUAGACGCCAAUGGCUUGAAAAGCCGCUUCUAGCGUGCAUAUGACAGUAUGAAGACGCUGGGAGUCACAGACUCAGGCGUAGAGAUUUUACACAGCCGCGAUUACGGAAAUAUUCUGUAUAUCUAAUAAUAAAUGGACAGACCAGGAGCAGAAGCAUUCGCUAUCCACUUGUCACCAAGGGAGAGCAAUUAUUGGAAAUAAUGGGGAAUACAACACCCAAACCACUAAUAGACAGCAGCCUGCAGCAUCGUCCAGUGGCCAGUCGGCAGUACUGCACCGUUUCCAACAGUGGGGUAGAGCGUCGCACCUCUGCUCUUCCAAUCAGUAUUGAGUCUCCACGUUUUCAUCCCCACGCCAAAGGCAAAAAUAUCCGACUGGAUGCACAGCUGCGCCGGGCUACCCGAAAGAACAGUUUCUGCAAUGGCAUCACCUUCAGCCAGCGUCCCGUGCGUUUGUAUGAGAAGGUGCGUUUGCGUCUCUCAGGUGUCCACACAGGCUGGAGUGGAGCUCUACGUUUUGGUUUCACCAGCUUAGACCCUAGCGAGCUUGCCUUAGCUGACAUCCCCAAAUAUGCUUGCCCUGACCUGGUGACACGGCCAGGAUACUGGGCUAAAGCUCUGCCUGAGAGGCUGGCCAUGCGGGACAAUGUUGUGGCCUUCUGGGCUGACCGACACGGCCGGGUCUUCUACAGCAUCAAUGAUGGCGAGCCCAUCCUCUUCCACUGCGGUCUAAGUGUUGGCUGCCCGCUCUGGGCCAUCAUAGACAUCUACGGAAUCACACAAGAAGUCACAUUACUGGAGAGCACAUUUGCUGAGAGCGUGGGCACGAGCUGUCUGAGUAGCGCUCGACUUAGUGCCUAUCUUCCCCAGAGCAACCACGACUCAGCCAACUACAGCAACAACCAGCUAGAGAGCAACCAGGCCGCGGCAGCAAAAUUUGCCACGCUACAGCUUAGCAACUACAACCAGCUCAUCCCCUGCUGCUCCACAUCCUCUACACCCUCUUCAUCCACCUCCUUCAAUGUACAAAGGGCCACCCGGGGGCUCCCCGCACCCCUUGACGCUGACAUGCAUUUUCACCCAGUGCGAGGGCCUGACGUGGUUCUCUCAAACGAUCGCACAGUGGCGUGCAUGCACUUCCUGGACAGCAGCCGGACGUUGAUGUUUAGCGACAGGCCUGUCCGGGUGGGCGAGACGCUGUACGUGGAAGUGGGCCAUCUGGGCUUGCCUUACUUUGGGGCUCUUCUCUUUGGUAUGACCUCCUGUGAUCCAGGCACCCUCAACGCUGGAGAGCUACCAGCUGACCCAGAGGUGCUUCUGGACCGUAAGGAGUAUUGGGUGGUCUACAGGGGUUUUCCGGUGCCAGCAGCGGGUGAUGUGCUCAGCUUUACCUUUCUGGCCAAUGGGGAGGUGCAUCAUGGGGUCAACGGAGGGGCACGUGGUCGUCUGCUGUGUGUUGACUCCUCUCAGGUUCUGUGGGCCUUCUUCACACUGCAUGGAGCCGUUAACCGGCUCAGAAUAUUAGGAACUGUUCAGGCCAGCCCUCCCACCUCCCCAUCAGUGUCUCAGGUUUCAACACCUGAUGACAGUGACUCUGAUCUGGCUUUCACUGUCAACAGAUCCUCAUCAGCAUCUGAAUCCUCACUGGUGACGGCUCCCAGCUCUCCUCUCAGUCCGCCGGUCUCACCAACUCUUUCUGCAUCCGAUGGAGUCCUGAGCAGCAAGAGCAGUGAGUGCACAGUGUGCUUCGAUCAGGAAGUGGACACCGUCAUCUAUACGUGUGGACACAUGUGUUUGUGUAACGAAUGUGGAGUGAGGCUCAAGAGACAGCUCAACGCUUGUUGUCCGAUCUGUCGGAGACCCAUAAAGGACGUCAUAAAAACCUACAGACCAUGAAGGGACUAAAACCUUUUCUAUCAAAUGAUUCAGUAAAAACCUUGGUAGCUGUGGUUCAAUAUCUGGACUAAACUUGUAUUUGAGACCGUGUAUGUAGCUUUGAUUUGUGUAGCAUUAAGCUCUUGUCCAUAUUUCUCUCACCUCAUGUGUUUAAUGCAGAUCAUCUAAAGCUGGAGAUGAUUUAUGGUUUGAGAAUUCAUUUUUGAUCAGAUAUUUCUAGUGCCUUUAACGUUGUUUAUCGUUCCUCAAGCAGCACCUAAUGAAUUAGACAAUCAGAUCUGAGAUGAAUUAGCAUUCAGAGAGACCUCAGAUGCAAAGGAAAGAAUGUUUUAUUGCGUAAGUGAAUAAUACAUGGGGCUACAGAUGUGAUUUUAUAUGUUAUUUUAAAAAGAUAUCGUUUGGCAUUGCAGUGGUAAAGUGAAGAAGAAAGAUUUGCCAAUUGAAGGGUUCGGAGAUUUCUUGCACUUAUGACUAGAGGUAAACUCAGCACUAAAACACAUCUGUCCCUCUGACUGAAGUGAUGACUCAGAUGUGGAUCUUGAAGACUGCAUUUUAAGUAAGAAGAAAAAUAUUUUGUUUAUAUUAUAGAGUGAUGUGGUAUUGUAUUGAAUUUCAUGUGUGUUUUUUCCCCAAAGAUGUGUUUGUUUUUGCUUUGGAAUUUAUGUCAUUUUCUUCUUACCCUGACACUUGUCCGAUUAGCAGUAUAAAAUUAAACCACAAACAACAGAU